CGCACGCUCAGCACGUGCAGGGCUCAUCAACAAUGCUGCUGCGCGCCGUAACAACCACCACAUGUGUUGCAUGUGUGGUUUCAUUGUUGACUGACUUUGCUGCAUUGCUUGCGCCCUACGCCACCACAACCCAGCGUAAAGAGGAGGGCGGGCUGGGUUCAGUGGAUGGGAUGGCGGCUAUAAAAGCGAUGUGACUUUUUGACCAGCGCGCAGUCAAUGCAAAGCAAGCAAAGUGUAAUCAACGCGGCGAGAGCUUGAAGGCUUUACAAAGAAAAAGUUUGAACGAAAUAUUAUUUUUUUUCUUUUGUUUGAGAAAUAAAAGUAGUAAUUUUUAAAAAUAAAAGGCGAGUCAUGCAAUCUUCAACGCUGAAGCGCGCGCCAGUGCUGUGCAAAUUCAAAUUUUUGGCUAGCCGCAUGCGACAACUUUUCAAAUUCGGCAAAGCGAAGCAGUUACAACACGCCAACAUUAACAGCAGGAGCAACAACAACAACAACAAUUGUGAAUUUGAAAAUAAUAAUAAUAACAACAACGAGCUGAGUAAACUUACUUUCCUGCUAACCAGCGAAAUGGCACAGAAUGCCGCCAACGAAUGGCUACUACAGCAAGCGGCCAAUGUCAAUGCCACCGCCAUCGGCUAUGGAGAGGACAUGGAACAGCACGUGAUUUGCCUGCAAACCGAAGCUGGACACUUUUACUGGAAUGCAGCAGCAAUGGUGGAGCAACAAGGCACACAACAACUCAACGAAAUCGAUUGGAAGUGAGGCGGAGCUGGGCGUAAAA